GUUCCUGGGAAAGCAAAUAAGGCCCCCACUUUUUGUGCCUCUGAGACUUUGCCUUAGCCAGCGGCUUGCCAUUCGUGUUGCAGUGCGCCGGAUAGACAGGUCGGCUGCCACAGCUGCCCGUCGCGCUCCCCGCCAUGGAGGCCGCCUUGACGCUGGGCUGGCUGGACCAGGCCGUGUUCGUGCUCAUGCUGGCCGCCUCCACGCUCAUCGGCGUCUACUUCGCGUACUGCGCGCCCGGCGGCAACCUGUCCGCGGCCGAGUACCUGGUCGGCGGCCGCACCAUGGGCACCAUCCCCAUCGCCCUGUCCCUCAUCGCCAGCUACAUCUCGGGCAUCACGCUGCUGGGCUACCCGUCCGAGGUGUACACGUACGGCAUGCAGGUGCUGUACAAGAUGCUGGCCCUGCCCUUCAUGGGGCUGCUGUUCGGACACCAGCUGCUGCCCGUCUUCCGCGACCUCGACGGCAUCUCGCUGUACGGGUAUUUUGCUCGUCGUUUCAACAACAAUGUUCGCCUGCUGGCGUCGUUCCUGUACGUUUUUGGAACCAUGGUGUGGCUGCCCAUCGUCAUCUUCGUGCCCGCGCUCGCCUACCAGCAGGUGGCCCACAUCAACGUUCACUGGAUAACGCCUUUGGUGUGCGUCGUCUGCAUUUACUACACAACGGUGGGCGGCAUCAAGGCGGUGGUGUGGACGGACGCGCUGCAGGCCGUGUCCAUGUACCUGUGCGUGCUGCUCGUGAUGGUGAUGGGCGUCAUCCAGGUGGGGGGCCUCGGCAACGUGUGGGACCGCGGCGUGGCCUCCGGACGCAUCGAGCCCCCGGUCAUGGUGGUGGACCUCACCACGCGCCACACGCUCUUCACCAUGGUGCUGGGCGCCUUCAUCGGCCACUGCGCGCACGCCGGCCUCGGGCAGGCCAUGGUGCAGCGCUACCUGUCGCUGCCCAGCAACAAGCAGGCCAUCACGGCCAUGUGGAUCUUCAUCGCGGGCAUCUGCAUCUUCUUCACCACGUCGGGCCUCGCCGGCCUCAUCAUCUACGCCCUGCACCACGACUGCGACCCCGUGCACGCCAAGCUGGUGAGUCGCCAGGACCAGAUCCUGCCGCUGUUCGUGAUGGAGACCCUGGGCGGCGUGCCGGGCGUGCCGGGCCUCUUCAUCUCGGGGGUGUUCAGCGCCGCGCUCAGCUCCAUGUCCACCGCGCUCAACUCCAUGUCGGCCGUGGUGCUGGAGGACUGGGUGCGCGGCUACGGCGGCUACGAGCCCAACGAGCGCAGCGCGGCCUGGAUCAUGCGCGGCGUCGUCGUCGUGUUCGGCGUCAUCACCGUCGCCCUCGUCUUCGUCGUCGAGAACCUCGGCAUGAUCCUGCAGAUGGCGUCCAGCAUGGCCGCCGUGUCCACGGGCCCGCUCUUCACCUUGUUCGUGGUGGGGCUGUUCCUGCCCUGGUGCGACACCCGCAGCGCCCUGGCCGGCGCCCUCAGCUCCACGCUGUUCACGGCCACGCUCGUGUUCGGCGCGCAGUGGGAGAUCGGCAACGGCCGCCUGCGCUUCCCCACCAAGCCCAUCUCCGUGGACGGCUGCCUGGCGGCGCUCAACGUGACGGCCAUCCCCGUGGUCGAGGAGGACAUCGACAUCUCGGCCGUGUACCCGCUGUUCCGCGUGUCGUACCUGUGGUACGUGCCGCUGUCGCUGCUGGUGGGGCUGGUGGUGGCGCUGCUGGCCGCCGCGGCCGGCUGGCGGACGGACCUCGCCGACCUGGAGCCGUGCCUGCUGGCCCCCAUCGCGCGCCGCCUGCUGCCCGACAAGGCCGCGGCCAAGGCCAAGGCCGCCAAGUGCGCCGACGACGCGGCGGCGGCGGCCAUCGAGCAGCAGGUCAUGCUGCUGGCAGACCUCAGGGUUUCGCAAGACUUGGACAAGGAUCCUGCAGAGCCGGAGAAGAAAGGGCGAAGCAUCAAAGACUUUGCGUAACAGUGAAGCACGUGUCUAUGUGUUGCGCGCGCUCACGUGGGUGUGUUUGUGUGUAUUUGUGCGUGAAUCCAUGUAUGUAUUACGGGCUUUCGAGUUCGACAGUUUCAAAAGUGUAAAUGAUUUGUGUCUGUGUGUACGCGAGCAUGUUUCAUUCAAGUUGCAAAUAUAUUGCAGCGAUCUCAUGACCAUAAAAGACUGCAAUAUUACACGAUUACUCGGCAGUACUUGGAAUACUUGUGUUGGCAGGUCACUGCUUGUUCCUCUUAUCACCCUUGUUCCUUCGACAAAUGUCAGUCAAUUAAAGACACCGAAAACAUUUUCCGA